UUAUUUUAUGGUUGAAUGACAAUGGAUUUGGAUUUGUCAUUGUCUACAAGGGGUUGAGCGUUAUUGUUGCAGGGACACCAUGAGAAAGGUUCCUCUUUGAACACAGAAGAAAUUGAAGAAAAAACCAAGGAAGUGGCCAGAUGGGGAAUUUGAGUCAGUCACAAGGAUAGUGUGCUCCGAAGAUUGGCAGGAGAGGAUGCAGCUUUUUGCCAGGGCAGGAAACAAUGGGACACGGAGAGCCCCAGUGACCCAAGACCAGGCCAGUUGCUGGGUACUCAGAAGACGAGAAAAAAUAUGUGCAUCAUCUGCACCGCUGACUUUGCAAAAUAGCUGAGGGAAAGAGUUGAAGUUUGGUCGAUACAUUGCAGGAACGCAACCAAAAUACUACAACUUACCUUUUGGCUACAAGAUGAAUUUCCUGUCAACCUUUGUGACAUUUCAGAACCUCCAUGAGGUUCGUAGAUUGUGCCACUGGGGUCCAAUCAUAGCCCUGUCUGUUAUUGUUAUAUGCUCCACAAUGGCAAUCGUGGACUCCAUUAUCUGGUACUGGCCACUAGACACUACGGGAGGUAGCAUCAACUUCAUUAUGCUUCUUAAUUGGACUGUCCUCAUCCUCUACAACUACUUCAAUGCUAUGUUCGUUGGACCUGGAUACAUUCCUCUCGGCUGGAAACCGGAGAGACAACAGGAUGCCCAGUACCUCCAGUAUUGUAGAGUUUGCCAAGGAUACAAGGCCCCCAGGUCCCACCAUUGUCGCAAGUGUAACAGGUGCGUGAUGAAGAUGGACCACCAUUGCCCCUGGAUCAACAACUGCUGCGGCCACCUGAACCACGCCUACUUCACUAGCUUCUUGCUGCUGGCUCCACUGGGCUGCUCCCACGCUGCCAUCAUCUUCAUCAUGACCAUGUACACGCAGCUCUAUGAGAGGAUUUCAUUUGGGUGGAGCACGGUGAAGAUAGAUAUGAGCGCUGUGCGUCAAUUCCAGCCCCUCAUGCCAUUCAGCGUGCCCGCUUUUGCUGCAUCACUCUUUGCCUUAGGUUUGGCACUGGGCACCACCAUUGCCGUUGGCAUGCUAUUUUUCAUACAGAUGAAAGUCAUCCUUCGAAAUAAGACCUCAAUCGAAUCCUGGAUUGAGGAAAAGGCCAAAGACAGAAUACAGCACUACCAAACCGGGGAGGACUUCACCUUCCCUUACGACCUCGGCACCCGCUGGCUGAACUUCAAGCAAGUCUUCACGUGGUCAGGGACCCCCAAGGGUGAUGGCAUUGAAUGGCCAGUCCAUCCCAAGUGUCACCAGCACACCUUAACUAUUGAACAACUGAAGCAGAAAGCUGAUAAGCGAGUGAGAAGUCAGGUCCAAUACCGGGCAGUGGAGGACUACAACGGAGCAUGCUGCCCUCUGAGCAAAGGUCUCCAAACCUUCUUUAGAACCCCCUGCACAGAGGAGCCCAGGAUCCCCCUCAACAAGGGGGACACCAUCCUGGCCACUCGAGGCACAAAAUGGUGGAUGUAUGGAGACAAAGUUUUGAAGGAGGAGCAUGAUGGCGGUAGUGAGCGUGUAAGGGGAUGGUUUCCGAGGCGAUGUGUGGAAAAGUGCCAUUAUGACACGGCUGCCAGUGAUAGCACCAGCGAUAAGAAAGCAAAUUAAUAAAUGUGGCUUUAUAUAGAGCAGGGGAGUUAAACUGAAGAAAAUGUGUCCGUCCGUUUUCACACAUCAAAAGUCCAUUGAAGAUGUCACGCUUCCAGCUGCAGCCUCAUAAUCCAGAAUUUCAUACCUUGAAUUUCUCACACUUAAAUACCAACUUGAAUUUUUUAAAGACAACAUAGUUUGUUAGCUGUCAUCUAAUGUCUUGAAGUGGACAACAGAGUUCACAAGAGGGACAGGUCCCACAGCUUCAGUUUGACUCCUCUGACCAAAAGUGAAACCCAGCAAGAGUCUUAAUUUUCCAAGAAUUGCCACUAGGCUUUAUUGUGACUUCAUUGUAAUUACAUGACUUUUACUUGAAUUUAUCGUUUUUACCUUUUGUUUUGGUCUGUUCCUGCUAGUUAUGCAAUGCCUCUGCCCAGCUAACCCCGGGACUUCUUCAUGCAACUCUUUCUACCGUAUGGAGAUAACACUCUAUUUGUCUUUAUUAUUUUUGUAAAAAUUGUUGGCCUCAAACUACACAUUGAAAAUUAAAAAAAUCCUCUGCUAUUUGCCUUUA